CCCAAAUAUAGAGGCUCCCCCAAAUAUAGAGGCUCCAUUGGAGUUAGCCUAAUCAACUUCCCCUUCCUUUUCUCUCUCUCUAUUUUAUUUUUUGUGUUUGCGGAUAUGUGACACUGACUUGCAUAAUCAAUAAAUAUUAAAAAAAAAGACUUGCAUAAUCAAUACGUAAUUUAAUGAUGUAUUGUCAAUAGAGUCUAUUACCACCAACAAUACCGCUACUGUGGUGUAUAAUGUUGAUAAGCGACUGAUCGAGUUCAUACCUCCUGAUGAUGGUGAUUGGUGAUGUAAUGGUGAUAAACCUUUGUUCUUCACUUUCAUAUGGUCCAUCUAGUGUGCUUGGGAGAGAUUUCUAAGUGGUAAAGCUUUGGGUUUUUUCAUGCAAGUAAAGUGUAACAAAUAAUAUGCGAUCCAUGAUAUUAAUUAGGUCCAAUUUAUUUCAGUAUGAGCCCAAUGGUUAUUGCAUAUUUCAAACACGUACGUAUUUGUGUACUGAAUUAGGGUUGUACUCAUAAGGAGAUUGAUUAGUUGUUUUAGUGACGGACUUGAAACCCGCAUGCAAGUCAACGCUAUAUUUUUUGAUUUUGAUUUAUGCAGUUAUUAUUGUUCAUUGCAAUAUCGAUGUUUGGUUCUGCAAUUGAUUGGCUUUCUGUAUCGUUUAAGUGUCUCGAGGAGAAGAAAAAAAACAUAUCUCAUGCCUUUUUAGGAGCUGGGGGAGUACCUCAACAUAAAUGGAAAAACACAUACAAGUACAACAGUCAGCAAUACACCAAUUGCAGAAGAAAAUUAUCGUCCCAUAAAGGCUAAUGCAAAUCUUUGUUUUAUUCAUUCAACAACAAUCCAGGUGAAGGGUACACAAAAAAGAGAGCCCAGUCAAUCCAUAAUUCAGCAAACUAUCGUCAUACACCAUUUUAUGUUUCAAAUUAAAUAGAGGAAUCAAAUGGGUACUAUUGAUUGUUGGACUUUAUGUUUUUUGAUGAUUAUAUUGUUGUUGUAGCUCCUCACCAGCAUCGCAAUAUUUAUUACAUAACUCAACACAAUGACUGUAAAGCGGUAGCUGGCACUGAGCCAAGCAGUUGGCAAUACACUCUUGUCGAUCUGCCGAAACUAUUUGUUGUUGGUUCGUCAUUGAACCCAAAAUCACAAACAACACCAUGACCAGACUCAUCUUCUUCAAAGCCUCCAUUUUUUUUAUGUAUCUAACUGUCUUUUGUGUAACUUAUAGUAAGUAUCUGGUGUUGCAUCAACCUAGCAUAUGAUUUCGAGCUCGAUGAAUCAACGAGUUUCGGGAGGUUAUGCGUGUUGUUUAAAGGCUUGCAUGAAAGACAUCUGCAAACAUACUUAUCCUAUUUGUCUUGCUAGGUGCUCUACACUGUGCCAUCAUAGUGGUCCUUCGAAUUGCGAGCAACAACGGGAAGAAAAAGUUCGAGCAAUUCAUACUGAUUUUAAGCCCGAUCCAUAGUUUCUCGUCUUUAUGUUUCUGAUGGAAACCAAGCUUUCGAUAUCGCGUCCUUUCAAUCAAUAAGUUCAAUAAUACUAGAUUCCGAGAUCAAGCAUAUUUCUUUUGUUAUUGUUUGUUAAACGGGAAGGGCAACUUUUCGAGAUCAAGUAUACAUUCAAAGUAACAUAAUUUUUAUGUUAAUGUAUCUUAUGACGGGGUGUGUCUUUUUAAAUUGGUAGUAUUUUUUUAUGACACGUUGUAUCUUAUUAUGGUUCAAUGGUACAUUCCCUUUGGUACCCUUUAGAGAUAACUACCAUAAAGUCAUAAACACAUAAAAGACACACAUCAUUUAAUAGAGGGAUCCACGAAAAUAAAUUUUUAGGAUUUUGCCAAAUAGAAAAGAAGCAAAGAAUAUCCAACAUAAACUAUCGAAUCUUUUUAUAUGGAAAUUGCUCAUUCUGUUUUCUUGUAAAUAGAAGAAAAUCCAAUUCUUCCACUCUUGUCUAUCAUUACAAGAAGCCACGAGAGGGUAGAGUCCUAAUUAUAAGAGGAAGAAAAAGAGUGAAAAUAGCUACAGAUAAACAUCCACAAUACCUCUCAUAAGUCUGAGAAAUUUUCAUACAUUGAAGUCUAGAAGAGAAGAUGAAGACGAAGAUGAUGCUUGUAGUCAUGUUGUUGGUAAUCCUAGCUUCGACAAGCCAGACAUUUGCAGGUUACGAGGAGUGUUUUGAUUAUUGCACGACUCAUUGUAAGCAGAGGGAUUAUGAGGAUUGUCUUAUUUAUUGUUAUAAGAAGUGUCAUAAUCAGGGAGUUAACAAACCAGCAGAAAAUCCAAAAAUUGAGAGUAGUAAUAGUACCACUUCUGAAUUGGUUAAAUAGUUCUUUUCCGCUCACCUAUAUAUGUUUUCCUAGUGCCUAUGUUUGAUCUGUCAUUGUGCAACGAACUAUUAAUAAAGGGUCUCUACUUGUUUCUUGAGAUCAUCUUCACCCUUAUUCUUUAUGUUUCACCUUAUUGUUCACUACUCCAUUGAUAUAUUUAACAACGUAUAAACCAAAUUAAAAAUGCAACAAAUAUUUUAUCCUAUUUUUGUUUUUUUUAUCAAGUCAUCCGGUAAAGAAUAAUGUCCAUUCCAUAUCAUCAUCUAAUGGAUAGAAAUACCUUUUAUUUUCAUUAUUGAUCGAUUGCAGCUGGAUUAUGUAACCUCAUCUUCGGAUUAAUAAAGUUCUCAAGGUUCUGAUAAAAAUAAAGGAACAGGGAAUGCAAAUUUGUUUACAGAUCCGGUAAUCGGUAGAAGAGCCUUUGAAAUAAUUAAAAAUUACGAAAUGCCCAACUUUCACAAAGGUACGGUUUCUUAUGGGCUUUAUUUCUACGAACUGUAUCUCGGCCCAAUCGACGUUCGGAUCCAUUUCAGGUGGGCUCGGCCCAAUUCUCGCGCCUCGCCCGCAAAUUUUGCCGGGUCUCGCUCGCAUAUCCCCUCCGCAAUGCCGCCUCUGCCGGAUCCAAAAAGCGAGCCUCGCCGUCGCCGCCGCUCAAUCACGAACCAUUUCUUCCAAUAGCACAGAAAGUCAGAAAUCGUUUCCUCCGACGGAGGCGAUCUCUUCUUCUUCGAUCAAAACUCUGUUCUAAUUCUUUCGACAUCAUCCAGGAAUUCAACGACCCAGAUCUCGAUCCCUUCACUGUCGCCUCGAAUGGAGGGUUUCGUCAAGAUGUCGGGGAGUUAUCCGUCGUCAAUGACAACGAUGGUGACGCCGGGAAAUUGAUGCAGAGGUACAUCUCCUUCUCUACUUCCCUCCGGCUACUAUGAAAACCACAGCCACCACAACGCUAGGUAGUAAUGACUUAAAUCUGAAACCACUCCCGUUAUUAUUAAGUACUUGAAAAUUGAGACUUGAGGUUGUCUGAUUAAUGUUUGAUUUUGACGGAAAGAUUUGAUCUUUACGUUUUGGGUUCUCUCAUUCGUUUCCCUGUUAUGGCUAAGACACAGGCAUGCCAUUGGAAGCAUUAGGUGAAAUAGGGGUGGCUCUGGCUAAAGUUUAACUGUUGGCAGCUUCCAACCUAAAGUUAGCAGCUUUAAGCACAGUCCUAGGAUUUCCUUUCACUCCACUACAGAACGUUUUGAUUUCCUUUCAUCAAUGUCAAAUGCAAACUGUUGUGUUCUCAGUAGUAGAUGAGCUGAAUUGCAUCUUCUCAGGACGCCUUCAACACGUCCUCCCUUAGAUUUAAACAGCUACCUGCAUAUCUAUGCUCUCAAGUUGUUCUGCUCACUCUUGUAUGUAACUAGACCAAAAAGUCCUAAUCCUUGGCUGCUGGACUCCUACUUUCCCUGUUGCAUUACCAGGAUCAGCUUCUGGCUUCCUUGUGUUUGACUCUCGGAACAGAAACUUUGAGCACUAGCACUACCAUGCCUUUUCCACAUCAUAUUUGGCCAUCAAAGUUCAUUGCCCAACUAUGAACACAGAAACAAACUGAAUUUCUGCAAACGUAGGUUCAAUGUAAUGGCCCUAAGCUAGAGAAAUUGACAGAUGAUCACUAUUGGAACCUCGGUCUCUUACAAUAAACUGGCUUUUACUUC